AUGAACGCGACGCCGAAGGUCAUGAACGACUACCGCCGGCGCGCGAGGAUCGCGUUGGACUCUGGCUGGAGGCGCCAGCUGGCGGGGCAUUCAAGCCAGGGCGUCGACGUGAUGCUGACCCAUCUCGAGAACGCGAACCCUGGCGCCAAGCUCCUCGCGACCUGGAUGGCGGCGCGCCCCGAGCACGGGAAGUUCCGGGGGCUCAGGCCCAAGCUUCUGCGCGCCGGCCUGGCGCUGAAGGGGUGGAAGCAGCUGGCGCCGGGCCGCAGCCGGAAGCCGUUUCGUGUUCCCGUGGUGGCCAGGCUGGUCUGCGCCCUGAUAUUCUUGGGCGGGCUCGAGGUCGCCCCGUGGGUGAUGGUGUCUUUCGAUUUGCACCUCCAGCCGCGCGAACGGGAGCGCGAGACGCCGAUCAAGGCGGGCGCUUUCGCCGACGGCUUGCUGCACUGCGGAGCGCCCCCGUACCUCGCGUUCAUGAACGGCAUGUUCCAGGUGCUCUGUCUUCUCCCUCAGGGCCAGCGGCUCUGGGGGCUCGGUCACCCGCGCGCGCUGAGAGCCGUCGAGCAGGCGUCGAAGCUGAUCGGACCCGGCCACAUCGACGUCGACGGCGACCUCUACAUCGGAGCGAACGGGUCGUUCGAUUGCACGCAGGGUCUCGAUAAUUGGCGCAAGGGCUGGUCGGAGGACAAGAAGGACUUCUGCUGCGACAGGUUCCUGCUGGGCUGCGAGUUCGACUGCGACUCUGGCAUGGGCAACUGGCAGAAGGGGUGGUCCCACGCUAAGAAGAGGUGGCGCCCCAAGAGUAAUACGGGCGCGAUGGAGGUCGAGGUGGAGACGGCCGCUGCUGGAGCGGGGCUGGAGCAGGCUGCUUCGGCCCCUUCGGUGCUGGCGCGCGCGGGCGGGGGCUCGCGGGACCUGGGCCGCGCGGCCCCGCCCUCGCCCCUGGCUGACGACAGCUGGGCGGGGCGCCUGCUGGCUGCGGCGGGGGUCGGCCCCCGCCCUCGGCCCUGGCGCGGUGCGCUCGGCCUCGCGGCGAGCUUCGGCGCCUCGCCGCUCUUCGCCUCCCGCGUCGUGUGCUUCGGGUGCAUCACGGCGCGCAACUGGACGGUGGACAUGCCCUCGACGAACGCGACGGAGGUGCCCGCGUGGGCUGACCUGAUCUCCGCCACGACUGGCAGCGCGACGAUCUGCGCGAUCAACUCCGCGCGCACGGCCGUGUCCGAGCCAGGCGGCGGCGACGGCGCAGCGCGUGCCGAGAGCACAGCCGCGGCUGUCGCACGAGCCACAGCGGCCACCGUGCGCCUGGCGCCCUUCGCCAGGAUUGCCGCGCGAACGGCCGCCUCCACGAGAACGCACCGGCUUAUGAGCCCCGUGUGCAACACUCUGGCAAUCUACAUGUGCUGGGUGGUUGAAUGGCAGAUUCUGGGCGUGGACAGAACCCUUCACAAGCAAGUAGGCGGCGAGGUGGCGGCUGUCGCUCAACUUGACGUUCAGGGCGCGCUGAAGAUAGGUGGUGCUGCGAGAAGCGGGGCCGAGGCCGGCGGCAAGCGGGGCUGCGCGGCGGCGCCCGCCCCGGCCGCCCCGCCCAGGGACACGGACGGUGACGGCGUGCCGGACUCCGAGGGGCCGGAGGGCGGCCCUUCGCUGGAGCGACGUUCUCCGCGGGGCGUCUUCGGCGACUCCUGGAGGUGCUCGCUGUGCCCCCCUGUGGGGCUGACGGCCAUGCUGAAGCGGUUCUUCCUCUCCCUCGUCGGCACCGUCCUCGCCGUGCGCUGGAGCUUCGCGGGGUGCUGGGAACCCCACGCGUUGGACACGGCGUACAGCCCCGAGGGGGCCUCCGCGGUGCUGCGCAACGUCGGGUUCUUCGGCUUGCCUGGCACGGGCGUGCGAGCGCGGCUUGGUGUAGCCCACCGCGCGCCAUCGGCGCCGUACCACCACAACGUGCUGUUCGGCUGGGCUCGGUGUCGCUUCGUCAUGAAGGCUGGCGGCUGCGCCAUCAAGAUCAACAAUAAUUGGUUCGCCAAGAAGGACCCGGACAGGGACGGGGACGGCGUGGAGAACGGCAAGGACGCCUUCCCCAGCGACAGGACCGAAUGGUACGACCUAGACGGAGACGGCGUUGGGGACAACCACGACGCAGACAAGGACGGCGACGGCGUCCCGAACGAGCGGGACCGCUUCCCCGACGACCCUCACGAGUGGGCCGAUCUUGACGGCGACGGCGUCGGGGACAACACGGACAAGGACCGGGACGGCGAUGGCGUCCCCAAUGAGAAGGACAAGUUCCCAGACGACCGACACGAGUGGAGGGACACCGACGGGGACGGCAUCGGCGACCGAAGCGACACCGACAUGGACGGGGACGGCGUCCCCAACGUGAAGGACAAGUUCCCACUGGACCCGAAGGAAUGGGGGGACAUCGACGGGGAUGGCGUCGGCGACAAUUCGGACACCGACAUGGACGGGGACGGCAUCGCCAACGGAGACGACUCCGUCCCGCAGGAUCCGAACAAGCCCCCCACGAUCCACGACAUGGACGGAGACGGUAUUCCAGACAGCGAGGACCACGACAGGGACGGCGACGGCGUCCCCAACAGCCAGGACGCCUUCCCUGGAGACCCCUCGGAGUGGGGCGACAUCGACGGGGACGGCAUCGGAAACAGCAAGGACCCCGACAUGGACGGAGACGGGAUCCCGAACGAGGAGGACAAGUUCCCCACCGACCCGUCCGAGUGGAGCGACCUCGACGGCGACGGCAUCGGGGACAACAAGGACAACGACAGGGACGGCGACGGCUUCUCGAACAACGCGGACGCCUUCCCGAACGACCCGGAACGUGUGGCGCCGCCCCACAGCGGCGGGGGCGGCGCCGAGUUCGAGGUCGUUCCCACGCCCGGCCCGGCCGCGGCUCCAGCUCCUGCAGAGGUCGACAGCGACGGGGACGGCGUCCCCGACAGCAGGGACCCCGCCCCGAGGGACCCCAAGUGCUGGCAGGCCACCUGCGCAGUGGACAGCGACGGAGAUGGAGUCACGGACAUCAACGAUCCUGCCCCCAUGGACCCCACAUGCUGGACGAAGCCGUGCGCAGUGGAUUCCGAUGGAGAUGGAGUCGCCGAUGUGCACGACCCCGCCCCCAAAGAUCCCAAAUGUUGGGAAGACGCCUGCGCGGUCGAUACGGAUGGAGAUGGCAUCAUGGACGUCAAUGACCCCGCUCCCAAGGAUCCGAAGUGCUGGGGGAAGGCCUGCGCGGUCGACACGGAUGGAGAUGGCAUCAUGGAUGUCAACGACCCCGCUCCCAAGGAUCCGAAGUGCUGGGAGAAGGCCUGCGCGGUGGAUUCGGAUGGAGAUGGCAUCAUGGACGUCAACGACCCCGCUCCCAAGGAUCCGAAGUGCUGGGAGAAGGCCUGCGCGGUCGACACGGAUGGAGAUGGCAUCAUGGACAUCAAUGACCCCGCCCCCAAAGAUCCCAAAUGUUGGGAAGACGCCUGCGCGGUCGAUGCGGAUAGAGAUGGCAUCAUGGACGUCAAUGACCCCGCUCCCAAGGAUCCGAAGUGCUGGGAGAAGGCCUGCGCGGUCGACACGGAUGGAGAUGGCAUUAUGGACAUCAAUGACCCCGCCCCCAAAGAUCCCAAAUGUUGGGAAGACGCCUGCGCGGUCGAUUCGGAUGGAGAUGGCAUCAUGGACGUCAACGACCCCGCUCCCAAGGAUCCGAAGUGCUGGGAGAAGGCCUGCGCGGUCGACACGGAUGGAGAUGGCAUCAUGGACAUCAAUGACCCCGCCCCCAAAGAUCCCAAAUGUUGGGAAGACGCCUGCGCGGUCGAUGCGAAGGCCUGCGCGGUCGACACGGAUGGAGAUGGCAUCAUGGAUGUCAACGACCCCGCCCCAAGGAUCCGAAGUGUGGGAAAGGCCUGCGCGGUGGAUUCGGAUGGAGAUGGCAUCAUGGACGUCAACGACCCCGCUCCCAAGGAUCCGAAGUGCUGGGAGAAGGCCUGCGCGGUCGACACGGAUGGAGAUGGCAUCAUGGACGUCAAUGAUCCUGCUCCCAAAGAUCCGAAGUGCUGGGAGAAGGCCUGCGCGGUCGAUUCGGAUGGAGAUGGCAUCAUGGACUUGAACGACCCUGCCCCCCACGAUCCGACUUGCUGGGAGCUGGAGUGCUCGCCCGCUGGGCUGAACAAGGUCAGGAAACCCGUGCCAUCGAAAGUUUACGACGACUCCGGCCAGGAUCUCAACGAGACCGAGCACGUGCUGCCUGGCAACAAGACGCUGACCGGCGACUGGCGGGAGGAGUGGCCGGUCAAGGAGAAGGAGACUCACGACGAGUCGAUCUCUCGGAUCUGCAAGGAGUAUCCCGAGUCUGCGUGGUGUAAGGAUUGGCUCAAAAAGUGAGCCCCCGUGGUCUCGGCGUAGAGCAGACCAGUUUCCUGCACAUGCCCUUGCGCCCGUGAUAUAGACGAUGGCGGGUGGGAGCGGCGUUGGACAACGUUUCCCGCUGUCUUGGACAGGCUUCGCUGUCGAUCUCACGUCGCGUGUUGUCCGUUUGGUGGUGAGUGGCGCGCCUGCGCAGCAGCAGUCGCCAUAGGUUUCGGACAGUGUGUCCUAUCGUGCAUCGUCGCACUUCCUCCUUCUCCUCCUCCUUCCUCCACCUCCCCCACCUCAGUCAUCCUGCUGCUCCUCCUGCGCGUCGACGCCGUCUCCACUUAGCUUCAAGCGUGCUAAAGAUGGCAUGGGAUGCUGUACUCUGCCGACCUGGCCACGGCCAUCCACUCCUGCAUUGGCAUGGUGCCUGCUCGUUGACUCUUGAGGCGCAGUACACUGUUCGCCUUCCUCGGAUCCUGGCCACCCCGACACGGCCAGCCAUUCCUGCAUUGGCAUGGUGAGUGCUCGUUGACCAUUGAGGCGCAAUGCAGCGCCAGCCUUCUCAUUCGUCAGCGCCACAGCGUGGUGCCGACAAUUUUAAAUUGCGGCGCUCGGGACCCAUUACACUAGACUCGCGUCUUAGAAUUAUACAACGCGCGUUGCUGACAUCUUGGAGGCGGA